CACAGCACACCACAGUAUGAAAGGUGUGGUAGUAGAAAGGGUUCUAGAGAUAUGAAUGAAUGAACGUAGUGGUAUGCAAAGUCUGAAGACUGUAAUUUCAGAGACAACGAAUACGAAAUAGUUGAAAUGCAUGAAUUUAAAAACAAUGAGGCCUUCUUCAAUGUACACUCUUCAAAUAUUCUUACGCUUUAUUUGGCAUUCGCGAUUAGCAAUUCAUAUAAGCUCCACUUCUCAUUAAACUCAACUCAAAGCACGCAAGAAGCCAUUUUCAGAAAUUUGAUAACGUUACGCUGAAAGAAGCAUUACAGAAAAUAGAGCUAUAUUCAAUGGCAUGGAUAGAAGAAAGUUAAUGUCAGAGGAUGAAAAUGAUCCCUACACAGACAGACAAAGUGAAAGUAAUGGGCACAGCUUUGAGAACUAUGCAUACACGAGUAAUUUAGGAAGACCCAGUGUUUUAAACGCAUUUCGCGAAAGCCGGAGAAGUUUUGAUUUAUCUUCAACAUUUGACUCAACUCAAGCUGUUCUUGGGUGGGAAAAUAUCGAAGUAUUUAUAAACAAGCCAGUUGGAUUUUUUGAUCGUUGUUUGAGACGUGAUCGACGGACCAUCGACUUCAUUGACAACCAAAUUUUACAUGAAGCCAAUGGUGAAAUUUCUGCCAAGAGUCUUGUUGCAAUACUGGGCCCAAGGCGAGCUGGAAAAACAACAUUAUUGAACACCUUAUCUCACCGUAAGAUAGAACAUUUUGAAGUGACUGGGACAGUGUAUGUUCAAGAGGAACCUGUUGGUAUAAAUAUACGUGAAUUGUCAGCGUAUGUUGAGAAGGAUGAUGUGUACGUUUCUACAUUAACAGUGCGAGAGCACUUGCUAUUUCAGGCUUGUUUAAGAAUGAGCAAAAAUCUUUCGCGCGAAGAAAAAAGACGUCGAGUUGAAGAUGUCAUGCACGAGUUUGGUCUCAAAGAAUGGGAAGAUGUACAACUUGGCACAGCUUCUUCUAGCAACAGUAUACCUAAAGGAGUAGUGAAGAGCCUGUCAUUUGCGUCGGAGUUGCUUUCAAAUCAGAAGUUUAUACUCUUUGCCGACGAUCCGAUUGCAGACUUAGACUCACUCUCAGCGUAUUCCCUCAUGAAAACAUUGCAAAACCUUGCAAGAAGCGGCUACACCAUUAUCUGCACACUAGACCAACCUUCAUCCGAGAUUUAUAAUCUCUGCAAUAAGACAAUACUCAUGGCAGAAGGACGAAUAAUGUAUCUUGGUCCAAGUUGCGAAGCAGUGUCUUACUUUGGAAGCAUAGGAUUUCCUUGUCCAAGCAACCAUAAUCCUUCUGAUUACUUUAUCCGAACAUUAUCUGUCAUUCCGGCGGAACGUGAAAAUUCCUUAGCAAGAAUAAAAUAUAUCUAUGACAAAUAUAAGGAAAUCGAAAUACAACCGAGAGGAGAAAGUGCUUUAGGACCCAUAGAAUCGUUUGAUGAUCUAGAUAAGAGGACAACUUUUUUCCACGCCAAUCGUUUUGCUCAGCUUCUCAUGUUGAUGUGGCGUUGUACGAUCAUGCUCAAAAGAGAUAAAUCUACGUUACUUUAUAGAACAGCUCAAGUGUUUAUUCUUGGAUUUAUAACGGGGCAAGUAUACUUCCAACUAAGGAAAGACCAAGAAAACGUUCGCAAUUUCUCCGGUCUUUUGUUCUUUCUUGUUUUGAACAUAUCUUUCACCUCGUUUCAAGGAGUUCUAUCUACUUUCCCAGUCGAAAGAGAUAUAGUUUUACGAGAAAAUCGAAUUGGUCUUUACCAUAAAAGUGUGUUCUUUGUUGCAAAAUCUCUUGUCGGGAUACCCAUUGAUUCAAUUUUAUGUAUAAUUCUAAUAUCUAUUGCUUAUUGGAUGUCAGGUCUGAAAGAAACGGCUGAAGCAUAUUUCGUUGCAUGUGCAACAGCACUAUUAGUUUGUCAUACUUCGGUGUCAUUUGGUCUGCUUAUUUCCACAGCGACAGACUCCAUUUCGCACGCCAUAGCUACUGGCCCCGUGCUUAUUUUACCUUUGUUGAUAUUUGGUGGAUUUUUUGUUUCAAAUAACACGAUUCCGGAUAGUUUGAAAUGGCUGCGAUAUUUGUCUUGGAUUAAUUUUGGAUUUGAGAAUCUUAUGAUCAAUCAAUGGCGACAUGUUGAGAAAAUAUCAGGUUGUGGAAAAACAACAUCUAGGCAUUGUUUAGAAAAUGGUCGUGAAAUUUUAGAUUUCUAUCAGCUGAGCGAGGGCAACUUCAAAUUAAACUUUUGGCUUUUGGCAGCUCUUUGCCUUGGCUACAGGAUAUUGGCGUACUUGUUCUUGUUAAAAAAGUCCAGAGUUCGUUGACUCAUUUUGACAUGUAAGGCAUUAUUCUGUCUGAUAAUGACUUCUUUCUUUUAGAGAAAGCGACAGUGUAAAUAAGAACAUUUAAACUAUUAUUCCUUUAUAAAGUUAAACUAUCCUUUUCCUUUUGGCUAGCUUUUCAUUUAAACAUAUAUAGUAUGCCUCUCCAAAAAUCUCACCCAAUUAAGUAAUUGUGAGUUAACAUUACAAUAUAUGUAUAGAUUUAAAAGAGUACUUAGGCUACAUAAGUCGGUUGUCUGUAUUUGUGCUACAAAAUGCAAAACUUGGCAGGAAAGCCAAACUAUACUAGACAUUACACGACAUCCGGCCAUGGCCAUCUCCAUUUGCAAUCUUGUAAAUUUUGAAACACAAAAAUUCACAAAGUAGAGUCAUAUAAUAAGACAUAUAAUUUUUGACUCGUCUAAAGAGCGUUGGUAGAAUCGCUGAAUGACGUGAAAUCAUCAAUCAAACUUAAAAAAUAUAACCUCCUAAAAUUA